AUGGUCAACACCGGAAAGCCAUCAGGCGGCUGCAAGCUGUGCAGGGCUCGGAGGAUCAAAUGCGACGAAGGCAAGCCGUUCUGCAUGAGAUGCAAGAAAUCACGACGGCAGUGCCCGGGCUACCGCGAUCCCUUCGAGGCAAACAUCCGCGACGAGACCAAGGCGACGAUCAAGAGGUUUAAGAAGUCAAGAGGGGAGGAGGGCUCGGACGAGGAAGGCAAGGACAUAACCCCGAUUUGCAACAAGAAAUGCCUGAAGACAGUUGCCGGUCCCAAGUACAAGACGUACGACUAUUCGAACCCGGUCACCUUUCCGUGGCACAAUAACGACAACACGACCGACGAGGACGAGGACAUUCCCAGGUCCAUAUUCGACUCGCUAGACGAACAAGCCUCUUGCUACUUCUUGUCCGAAUUCAUUAUUGUACCGCAGACGCCGACGGCCCGUGGCUACUAUCGCUUCCUCCCCCGGUUCCUGAGCGGAAAGAAGGUCUCCAAGUGCCUCUACCAAACUUACAAGGCAGUCUCGCUGGCCGCGCUGGCAAACCGCCGUACCGUCAACGCCAGCGCCGCCCUGUUUCAUGCCCAGGGGCAUUACGUCCGGGCAGUCCGGGCCGUCAACAAAGCGAUCAUGGACCCGCAAGAGGUGCUGGACGACCAGACUCUCGGUGCCGUACUGAUGCUGGCAUUCUACGAGAUAUUGACGGCUUCCCGUGGUUCCAUCGCGGCGUACACCGACCACAUGAAGGGCGCCGCCAUCAUUGUCAAGCUCAGGGGCCAAAAGGGACUCGAAACACCCGAAGGCGAGGAGUUGUUUGCCAUCACGCGAAACCAGUGCCUCUCCAUCCACUGCCUACCCAACUCUCCCGAGGUGGCCGAGUUCACCUGGCUCCUGCACCACGAGUGCCGCGGCCGCAUGCAGCACGCGAUUGCCACCAUGGACAUCCAGAGCAGCCAGAUCAGGCAGGACGUGGACCGCCUUCUGGGCCCGGGGGACCGCGAGCCCGGAACGAUCCAGAAUGUCCUCGACGUCCUGAAGCGCGCUCAAGCCCUCGAGGCCCGGUUCCGCAAGCUCAACAACGACCCAAGCCCGCAGUGGAAGGUCGACACUCUCGAGUGGGUCCCCGAAGGGUCCGAUGAAGAGCUCGACACCGCGCGGGCCUUCACCGGCCCGGUAUACGGCUUCUUCAACCUGCCCUUGGCUGUCCUCCACGUGGCCACUUGGUGCUGCCACCUCAUGCUGACGACCACGAUCCUCCGAUGCAUGGCCUGGCUCGUCUCGCCCGACGACUACCGCGAGGGUGAGGAUUAUGAGAUGCUCAAACGCUCGGCUCAGCUGCGUGUCGAGGACAUCAUCGCAGCGACGCCCUUUUUUUGCAAGUGGAACGGCUAUGGGGUCGUCGUGGCCCAGUUCCCAGUGGGCAAGACCAAGAUCGACGAUCCACUCAAGGGCGCGGCCGGCCUGAUGAUAAUCUGGCCGUUGGUCACGGCAUGCUCCAGCGAUUUCGCGACGCCGAGGCAGAAGCGUUUCUUGCGAGGCCGUCUCAAGUAUCUGUCCGAGGUGGCCGGAAUCAAGCAGGCCAGUGUUUUCUACAAUAUGCAAGACACGUCAUCGCCGUUCAGAGAAAUCGAACGGGAUCGAAACCAGGGCGCCUAG